CAUUAACUCAUAAUCUCGAAAAUUUAUGUGUCUAUUGUGCGCAAAUUGUUCACUGUCGGAACUUAAGAACUCAGCACUAGUGAGCACAAUUGUGAAUGAGUGAUGUUAAAUAUUGAGUUUCCCGAGAAACAUAAUUUUCUCCGCUCGUAUAUUGUCGUAAUGAAACCCGGACGGACGCACGCGCGCGUUUCAUUUCGUUUGAAACAUGUUUCGACCGAGUCAUUCAAUUAUUCCUAGUGUAACGAGUGAGUCGCGGAAAAGCAAAAACGGAACGUCGUCGAUCUCUCCUGCACUCUUGUGAUUGCUUCGUUCGGAGAUAACUAGCGCAAAGCGGACAACGAGUUAAAGUUACUGUGAAAGCGUCUCCUUGCGAUAAAGGAAUCCGCGUCGCGGACAUGAAGUCGGCCGACAUUUAGCCGAAGUCAUGACUCUUUCAUGGGAAGUUCGCGGAAAGGAAAUCUGAGCGGCAGAUCGUGUGAAUCUCGAUCGGAAUGAACAUGCUCGGAGACGCGAGCCAGGUGCGCACAGCCGAUCGAAAUCAGACAGCUGAUUUCGAUCCGGAUUGGCCCGCCGGAUUAAGGAACAUCACCGACGAGUUGUACCCCUUGCUGGAUUAUAUCAACGUCACAUCGCUGCCGGACGUCAACACGACAGAGGAGAUUGACUCGUUUUACUUCUACGAGACAGAGCAGUUCACGGUGCUAUGGCUGCUAUUUGCGAUGAUAGUUGCUGGUAAUACCGCCGUCCUCGCCGGUCUUCUACUGGGAAAGCGCAGAAAAUCCCGGAUGGACUUUUUCAUUAAGCAACUAGCAUUUGCGGAUUUACUGGUCGGCCUAAUAUCCGUACUAACGGACAUAAUUUGGAGAACAACGGUUGCGUGGUAUGCCGGUAACAUAGCUUGCAAACUGAUAAGGUUCAUGCAAGCUGUAGUGACAUACAGCUCAACCUACGUCCUCGUGGCUCUGUCAAUCGACAGAUAUGACGCCAUUACUCGUCCGAUGAACUUCUCCGGCAGCUGGUGGCGAGCUCGAGCUUUGGUGAUUACUGCUUGGGUUCUGUCAGCUUUAUUCAGUAUGCCAAUUAUAUUUCUAUACGAAGAGAAACGUAUACAGGGUACUACACAAUGCUGGAUCGAUUUGGCUCCGAUCCAAUGGAAGAUCUACAUGAGCUUAGUGAGUAUCAGCCUCUUUAUAGUUCCCACCCUGAUAAUAGGAGGUUGUUACACGGUCAUUGUGGUCACAAUAUGGUCGCAAGGAGCAGCGCUACGUCAGGGACCUACCAGAGAUACCCGAAGGGCGUCUUCAAGAGGUCUCAUUCCCAGGGCGAAAAUCAAAACCGUUAAGAUGACCUUCGUUAUAGUAUUCGUGUUCAUCCUUUGCUGGAGUCCGUACAUAGUUUUUGACCUCCUUCAAGUUUACGGACACGUGCCAAAAACACAGACAAAUAUCGCAGUCGCCACUUUCAUACAAAGUUUAACGCCACUUAAUUCGGCCGCUAAUCCGAUUAUUUAUUGUCUCUUCAGCACUCAGAUUUGCAGAACCGUACGGAAUAUGCAGGCGAUCUCUUGGCUUUCGGGAUGGUGCCCGACGAAUCCGCAUCAUUGCUUUGGUACCGGAACAACAAAUAACAGCACAAGGACGACCGUGACAACGUCUCUGACGGCUCAGUCCUCUCGCAGAAGCGGACAUUUUACUAUGUUGCAUUCUACGUCACGGAAACGCGUCAUGGUAUCCCUAGUGUAGAGACCGUUUUGGAUAAAGAACAACUGCAUCGAUCUUAUUAUCUUAGGUCGGUAUUCGAAACGAACUUAUAAAGAUAUUCGCUUAUGUCAGCGAACGAAUCGA